CUGAAUGCUAUUCUGAAUUCUGGAAUUCUGAAGUUCUACUAACAACUCCUGCAAGAAAACCAUUUUCCUUUGCGAGAGUAGGAAAGUUCAGGUCACCUACUUAACCGCCCUGUCGUCCUGUUUCUUCGCCACCUCUGCACCGCUCAGAACCACCUAUAAAACCACUCACAAAUCACAGAAACCACACAAACAAAACGCAAAUCACAGAAACCUAGAGAGAGUGAUCCAUACAGAGCCAGGCAGUAUCAAGUCUCAGCAAGGCAGGAAGCUAGCAAUCAAGAAAUGGCGGCAAGAGGGGUGGCCAGCCUCGCGGUGGCGGUGAUGGUUGUGGUGGUACUUUUGGCCGGCGGCGCGACCGCGCAGUCGCCUUCGUCGCCGUCGAACCAGUGCACGUCGGUGCUGGUGAGCCUGUCGCCGUGCCUGAACUACAUCUCGGGCAAUGAGUCCACGGCGCCGGCGUCCUGCUGCACGCAGCUGGCCAAGGUGGUGCAGUCGGACCCGCAGUGCCUCUGCGUCGCGCUCAACGCCGACCCGGCGUCGCUCGGGCUCAACGUCAACCGGACCCGCGCGCUGGGGCUUCCCGACGCGUGCAAGGUCAAGACGCCGGACGUCAGCAACUGCAAGGGCGCCGCUGCUUCUCCGACAUCGCCGUCGUCGUCCGGGACGCCGGCGGGGCAGACGCCAGCUUCCGGCGCCACAGGGUCCAAGACGACGCCGACGACAUCCGAGACCGGUGCCGCAGCGUCGCCUCGGGGGUCGGCCGGCCUUGUCGCCGGUUUCAUCGUCGCGGCCGUUCUCGCCGUCUUCGCGGUGUGACCCGAUGCCGGCUGUAGCGAUUGCAUUUCGCCGGCUUUGGAACGGGUGCUGGUGUCGUGUAGCGUUGGAAUUGCAACCGAUUUGUGUUGUUCCAUUGGUGACGGCGAGAGGCUUGAGCCAUUUGUGCAUGAACUCCAUCUUAGUCUCCAUAGCUACCGCUCCCAUUUGUGAUUUGUACCGUGAGAGAGAGCAUGAUUAUUUGCUUGAUUCAUCACUGCAUUCGUUCUGAAUAAAGAUGCCUCGAUUGUUUUUUAA